ACGUAGUUGACGCAUGCGCACAAGGGUUUGCGGGACGCCGGGUUCCCCGUACUAUCUUAAUUUUGCAUUAAAGGUGAUGGUAGACCUGGCAGACCUGCAGUAUCUCGUUUCCAUAGAACAUUGCUGAUGAAACAUUGUAAUUUUAUUGCAUUUAUAACGUAUAAAUAUAUAUAGUAGAAAUUUAACCGUAAGUACUCGUUUAAGGUGUAAACGCCAACAAACGUACAGGAUAUCUAGCUAUAUAUUUAAUAACAAGCUUAUCAAGUCAAAAUAUCUGAGAAAGAAAUGACAUCAUUAGAAGGCAUUUACACAUCAGACAAGAAUGGUAACGAUGAGACAGGAGUUGGCUCUGAAAGCAAUCCCUUUAAAACCAUCCUAGCUGCAAUGCGUCAUGCUGGUAAAGAACCUUUUCCGACCAUCUAUCAGGACUCUCAUGAAAAUGACAAGAAAUAUGAGCCAGCAUCCAAAUCUCAGUUAAAGAAGAUACAGAAGAUCUGGCUUAGAGAACAAUACAAAAACGAGGAGAAGGAGAAGAAGUUAUUGGAAGAUGAGGAAAAGAGAUUGAAAAAUCUCGAAGAUGCCAAGGCAAUUGUUAUAGAAGAGGACAAGUCUUUACCAAAUGCAAGACAAAUUAAGAUAAAAGAAGCUCUGAAUUAUAGAGAGGAAAGGGUUAAGCUAAAUGGAUGGGUGCACAGAUUAAGACGACAAGGAAAGGCUCUUAUGUUCAUCACACUGAGAGAUGGGUCUGGCUUCCUGCAGUGUGUGCUGACUGACAAGCUGUGUCAAACAUACGAUGCCUUGACCCUUGCCACAGAGGCUGCCGUUCAACUAUUCGGAACUUUGAAACUUGUUCCUAAAGGAAAGAGCGCACCAGGUGGACAUGAAUUACAUGUUGACUACUGGAAACUUAUUGGCUCAUCGCCUCCUGGUGGUGCGGACUCAAUUUUGAAUGAAGAAGCGUUGCCUGAUGUACAGUUGGACAACAGGCAUAUAAUGAUCCGAGGCGAAAAUACAUCGAGAAUUUUAAUCAUGAGAUCUGUAUUGAUGCAAGCGUUCAGAGAUCAUUAUAAGGAUCGCGGGUAUCACGAAGUAACUCCGCCAACUUUGGUGCAAACUCAAGUGGAGGGUGGUUCGACUCUCUUCAAAUUAGAUUAUUUCGGGGAGGAGGCUUUCCUGACUCAGAGUUCUCAACUGUAUCUUGAAACAUGUCUCCCGGCAAUGGGAGAUGUAUAUUGCAUCGCACAAUCGUAUCGGGCGGAACAGUCGAGGACGCGUCGUCAUCUUGCAGAAUAUACGCAUAUCGAAGCAGAAUGCCCGUUCAUUACAUUUGACGAUAUGCUCGAUCGAUUGGAAGACCUGAUUUGCGACGUGGUCGAGCGAGUUUUACAGUCGCCGCUCAAUAGCCUCAUCAAGGAAUUAAAUCCCAAUUUCCAGGUGCCUAAGAGGCCCUUCAAGCGUAUGAAUUACAGUGACGCGAUCGAAUACUUGAGGGAAAACAACAUAACAAAGGAAGACGGCAGUUUCUACGAAUUCGGAGAGGAUAUCCCGGAGAUGCCAGAGAGGAAGAUGACCGACGCUAUUAAUGAGCCGAUAAUGCUCUGUCGUUUUCCUGCUGAGAUAAAAUCGUUUUACAUGCAACGUUGCGCGGAGGAUAGUCGCUUAACCGAGUCCGUCGACGUGCUUUUGCCGAAUGUAGGUGAAAUCGUCGGUGGCUCGAUGCGUAUCUGGAACUACGAUGAGAUGAUGGAGGGUUACAGCCGUGAAAACAUCGAUCCAGCCCCGUACUACUGGUACACGGAUCAGCGAAAGUACGGAUCCUGUCCUCACGGUGGUUACGGACUAGGGCUGGAACGGUUCUUGUGCUGGUUGUUAAACAGAUAUCACAUACGCGAAGUAUGCCUCUAUCCGCGUUUCUUGGAACGCUGUCGCCCAUAAGAACAUUCCACGAAUAUAUAUUAACCUACGUCGAAUGAAUAUUUAACAUAGAGAAAUUUAGCUUUGUUAUGAUAAAACUAGAACUGUAUACUACGUUUGUAUGUGGUGCUAUGUUCCAAAUUAAAAGUACCAAGCUAUUCAAAUCUUAUAUGCAAUCGAACAUGCUAUAUGUAUCGAUUAUUAUUUAUAUAUAUAUAUAAAUAUACAGAGCUUUGUUCUGCAAAAUAUAUUGUCUUGCACUAUUAUGUAACACGUGAAUUUAACAAUAAUACAGUGAACUCAUACAAUGAACAAGUAUACAUGUAUUAUUAAAAGCUAUAUCUGCCUGAUACUUACAAUUUGCAUGUAUUUAUUGUACAUGUAGUGUAUAGCGUACACAAUAUCAUCGAUUCUGCUUACAAUGGUUCAAACGGAAGAUCCACAAAACGUACGAUUAAGACAAAUUUUCAAAUAUUCUCUUUCUUUCUGUGCGAGUUCCUUUUAUAUAUAUAUAAUUUAAUCGAACGAGAAAGAAGAGAGAGAAACAUAUACAUAACAUCACACAUGUGGUCGUAUAGAUACAUACACAGUAGAUACAAACAUGAAUUUAAUUUAUACUACAUAGUCAUGUAUACAUACACGUUAUAUAUUAGUAUUCCUUAAAAAUGGGAUUAUUGUAGAUUAUUAUCAGCCUUCAAUCAGGACAGGCUUUUAGCAUAAAACAAGCCGGUAAAAGCAUUUAAAAUAGUUAGGCAACGGAUAUUUACUUACUUCUUAUAUUAUUAUUUACUUCUCUUUUACAUUAUAAUGAAAUAUGGUGCCAUUUUAUAACAUUGAAUUAAAGUGCGAAAGAUCAAUAAGUGUUUUCAUAGAUGUAUCAUACGAAUCAAUGAGAUUUAUAUAUAUAUAUAUAUAUGUAUAAUUUGAAUAUCAGAAUUAACACGUUUACUAAUUAUAAACAGUUUUUCAUUGCGUGACAAAAUAUAAUUUAAAUAUCGGACACAUAGAAGCUACGGGUGCUACUAAAAUUUCAGAUCUGGUGUUGCACGUAUUCAAACAAGUCCCUAUUGAAUGAUACCUCUCUCUCUCUAAUUAAUUCACACAAUAUUUACAAAACCGUGGAUAUGAGAAAAAUACAUUUUACCUAGACAUUCGUUAGACCACUGUUAAAACAAACCGGAGAGAUUUAGGAAACAAAAACUCUAGGCUCUGAAAAACCUCGCGACUCUAUAAUUUUCCUUAUUAAUUAGUAACAUGUAUUUAAGUAAUUCGUAAUUAUUUACGUUAUUGCGACGACGUUUAUGCGACAAUGUAAGUACAUUACAGCAAUCUGCUGUGUUGCAAUUAUUAUUAUCAGGUGAGUAUAUCACAUCUCGAAAGAAA